AUGCUCUAUUUAUUUGUUUUUUUUUUCGUUGCUUUUUUUUUUGUUGUUGGUGAGGAUGUGGUGGUUAUAGUGGAUGGUGUUCUCUUCCAUCGAUCCUCUGUGGUGAAACUAAGUGGAAUGUCUGAAAGAGCUUAUAUUAAAUCUAUAAUGUUGAAGCUAGAUGUGAGAGAAUUGGCGAUUCAAUUCGGUUGUGUUCGGAUUAUACCUUAUGUUCGUUACGGUCUUAAGCUGAUUAUAAUGCAAAGCUUUCUGAUUUUGGCCUGGCAAGGGAUCGCUAAAAUCGUUGUUAUUGUAGGCCAUCUUACUACUAAUAGUGAUGUCUAUAGUUUUGGAGUUGUCCUGCUAGAAAUAUUAACUGAAUCCAAGUUCAGGCCUAACAUGAAUGAAGUUGUUAGAACUUUGGAGAAGCUGCAAGUUCCUAAUUUGAAUGUAGGCAAUCUAAAGCAUGCUGAUGGACAAUCUCCAAACUUGCUUUCAUGUAUACAUGAUUCUUUCUGGCUAUUGAUGAAAAACAUUGGCCAAGAUUUUUUUUCUGUCAUCAUUAUGCGAAACAAACAACAUUUAAAAUUGAUUUGGAAUAUGAUACAAAGUCCGGUGUUUAUGGCUGUUGCUUUUUAUUUAUGUGCAAAGAAACACAAGCUCAAAGUUGAUAAGAUUAAGCUAAUUGAACUCUGUGGUACAUCUGAAGCUGAAUUUUCCAGUGUUUCUACUACUAUGAAAGAUUUGUGCCAUGAUGUUUUUGGGGUAGCUAAAGAAAAGAAAGAUCCUAAAGAAGUUAAGACCAAUAGAGAUUUGCUUGAUGUCUUACCAAGCAAAAGAAAAGCUGAGGACGGUAGCUAUUUGUCUGAUGAUGGAGCAGAGACAUCCUAUUCUUGGUAGCAAAGAUUGAUGUCGGUCGGUGAGUGACGAUGGUGGAUUAAGACACCCCGGCUGCAUUUCUACCAGAUGACUGCCAAUUGGAUGCUCAUCGUACAAUUGCAUAUAUUGAAAAGGACCCUUGCCGACCUGGUGUCAAGGAUUCAGUACAGCUUUGCUAAAUCUCUGGGGUUAAGGUGGAAGUGACUGAUGCUAAUUUAUACCGGAAUUGGCGUGGUUAUACUGUGAAAAAGAUGACUGCCGAUGAGGAAAUCAUCAAGCAAUUCACUACACUCCACGGGAUAAAUUUAGAUGAUGAUGCUAAUGACACCAGCUUCAAUCAUUUGGAGUGUGAGUUGGGAGACAAUGAUCAUCCGGCUGCACUUGAUGGAGUUGAAUCAAGCAAUAAUGCCCAUAUACCCGUUCCUCCUUCAUCUCAGACUCCAACUAGCAAGCUAAGUGGCAAACAGGGGCCUGCUAUUGCUGUGGUCGAUGCUUCUUCCUCUGAUAAGCCUAUUGUGCAGAGGACUAUAGAUCUUGAUGGGGAUGAUGCGACUCCAGCUGGUACCAUUGGUCCAUCAACAGACAAUCCAAUUGAUUAAGUCCACAUUAUCACUCCAAAGGAUGACAACUUUCCCAGUGUCAAGACUGGUUGUUCUAAGUGAUUGUGGCUGUCAUGGUGUUUUCCUUUGUUCAUGAUAAGUGUAUUUGGUCUUAGUUUCCUGUCUAUUUGUCUUGGUGUUGCUGUUUGUCUACAUGUUUUGUAUCUUUUGAUGUUUUAUGUUCUACUAUCUAAUGUUUAGUGAAUGCUUUAUAUAAGCAUCCUUUUAUGUACUAUGUACCUGUUCCACAUAAUAAAUGGAAUCCAUCAUGUAGUUA